AUGCAGAAGUCCUGGGCAUUACAUCUGUUGGCUGUUUUAGCCAAGGCGACAUCAGUUGCUGCAGCUCCGCCGAGUCCUCGAGCACAAGCUUGCACAUCGUCUUUUGAUCCUAUUACUGCUUCAGCGGCUUUUGCAGCUCUGAACCCAGGAUGGAAUGCGGGCAAUACCUUGGACGGAAUUCCAAAUGAGGAUUCCUGGGGUAAUAGUCCGCUCCAGCUUGCCACCCUCACCCAGAUUCAAGCGAAGGGCUUUAAUAGUGUUCGCAUCCCUGUAACCUGGGCUUAUCAUUUUGAUGAUGAGUCGCCAACUUGGAAUGUGAAUAAGGUAUGGAUGAACCGAGUUGAGACGGUUGUCGACCAGGCCCUCUCUCUUGGUCUUUCUGUUGUCCUAAACGUCCAUCACGAUUCAUGGGUGUGGGCAGAUCCAUCUGUUUCCAACGCCAAUACUACUAUGAUAAAGGAGAAAUUUUCGCGUCUCUGGGCUCAGAUAGGAACACGCUUUGCGUGCAAGUCAUCCAAAUUGAUAUUCGAACCGUUGAACGAGCCUGCCGGGAGCGAGAAGGCACAUGCGGACUUGGUUAAUAACCUUAAUGGAUUAUUCCUUGAGGCUAUCAAUCAAGCAGGAGGGCACAAUCCCAGCAGAGUGGUAUCACUUAGUGGUCUGGGAAUGAGCAUGGAUAAAACCGAAAUGUGGUUUGUUCGACCUACCACAUAUCCCAACCAGCCAUGGGGAUUGCAAUUCCACUACUACUCGCCUUACGAUUUCAUAUUCUCGGCGUGGGGAAAGACAAUCUGGGGAAGUGAUGAGGAUAAAGCAGCUGUCGAUCAAGAAUUUGCCCUCUUUAAAGGCAAUUUUACAAAUAUUCCUGCAUUUGUCGGAGAAUGGGACGCAAGUGUUACCAGCACCGAGACCGCCGGGCGAUGGAAAUAUUUUGACUAUUUCAUCCGAACAUGCAACAAGUAUGGGUAUUCAUCGAUAAUCUGGGAUAACGGAGGCGACUUUUACAAUCGUAACGCAGCCGCUCUGUACGAUCCUGCUACAGGGGAUAUUCUUGUCAAUGCAGUCAAGGGCAUUUCCAACACACUUGCAGAUAGCACUGAAGACGCCAGUGCAACGUCGCAGACUUCUAGCGCCUAUAUAUUCCAUAAAUUCGGUGAUCCUGUCGUUGCUCAAUCGACUGACUACCUCUUGAACGGGAAUACCUUCAAAUCCAUCACCAAUUCCGCCGGAAAGGCCUUGGAUUCCUCUCAAUACAGCAUGUCAUCAACUGGAAAACUAACCCUCUCCGCCACAUACUUGCAAACGCUCUACACGUCGGAAGCCGCAGCUGGCACUAAAGAAACAUUAACGCUCAAAUUCAGCGCCGGAGCCUCUCUCUCUCUUCAAAUAGUCCAAUACAGCACCCCCACUAUCAGCCAAUCAGCAUUCAAAAUUGAUACCAGCACAGACCUGCAUAUCCCAAUUACCUACCAAGGUCUUCCAAAAGUUGCUGCCGUCAAAGCAUUGCUAGAAGAUGGAACAUAUCUCGCAGAUGAUUGGACUCAGUAUCUAGGACCGCUGCAACAGGCACGGUGGACAUAUGGUAGCUGGGGAUUUGAUAAGUCGACUUUCAGCAUUUAUGUUUCGGGGUUGACUGCGCUUAAAAAUGCUGGGAAGACGGUUACUCUGACGUUAGAGUUCUUCCCAAGAAUCCAGGGGCAGAAUUCGGUCAAUAUCACGUUUACACAGUGA